AUGGUUUGGCUCAGAAAGCAGCACAAGAGGGUAGCAGCCGAAUAUGUGUUGGAAAAGGCAACGGACUACCACGAAGCUUUUGGCACGACACCAGCUGUCUACAACGAAGAUGAAGACAGUAUCGAAGAACUUCCAGCCUCCGUUGAUCUGCAACAGUCCCUGGUUGCGUACAACGAAUCAGUUGACCCCAAAUUCCGUUUCGAUGUACAUGAGUGUACAUUCAAAGAUGUCGUCGAAGAACUGGAUCAUGCCCGUGAAGGGGUCCGCGCCGUGGGCGACUAUGCCGACCAGAUUACUCCAUGGGUAGACUUGAUCCCAUCGGAUAAUGGUUUGUGCUUCCUGAGUGCAGGGUUGAAGAUAAUCUUUGGGAUCGCGCGGCAAAAUGCUACCAACCGUGAGAGGAUUCUCGGGGCAUUUGAUAAUAUCCCAGAUUUGAUUCUUUCCGCAAAAGCUCGACAAAGUCAAUGGGCUACUGCUAAAAAGCUACGCACGGCCGCUAUAAGACUAUAUGAAACCCUUGCUCGGGCAAUGGCCCAACUCAUCUUUCUCCUGAAUGGAAGCACAAGCCACACGCUGAGGUGGAGCGAGCGAGCGUUGAAGAUCAUUCGAAGGCUGACCAUCUCAUCCCAUACAGGUCGUUCAAUAGAUUCCAUUCUGGGCGAAGUACAGGGCCAAGCGGAUGUGUUCAAUCGGUGCCUCGAGCAUGUACGCGAUCAACGGUUUAUCGAUACUGGGGCUGAUGUUGCGGAAAUCAAGGAAUUAUCGAGGGAUAUUGAAAACAAAAUAUCGUCCUUGUCGCAAGCAAUAGAGAAAGGAUAUGCUGAUUCGAUCAAAAUGAUAAAGGGUCAUCCGUCUGGUCCAGUAAUAACGAACUUACUGUACCAGGUAGUUGUACACGUUGAUCAACCGCAAGAUGAUCGAGCAUGGGAAUACCCCGUACCACGACAGGUAUUGAAACCAGAUCCCCUGUUAGAUGAGCUUGAGCUACACGAUAUCCUCGGUAUCAGCCCGCAGCAUUCGACAAACGAUAUACAGCUUAUCCUCAAAGAGCUCGAUCAAUUUAGCUUUUUGGCUCAAGCCCAGGCUAAGCAGCUUUUCGCGUCUCCGGCCUUUACUUCAUGGAUGGCGUCAAUACAACCAACAAGCCUCCUCGUACAUGGGAGCUUUGCUGAAUCCGGCCCAGGUCGUAUUACUCCACUCUCCAUCUUGUGCGCAAUGUUUGCCCUGCAACUUCGCCGCAACAGCAAUGCAGAGAACAAGCCAACCAUAAUGUUGCAUUAUUUCUGCGGCCUUCACAGGUCCCGUCAUAACCGAGUGGACUCCCUUGUUGGACCCAGUGGGCUCAUACGCUCGUUCCUCGCCCAACUUCUUCAAACGGGUCGGCGUUUCAAUCUCGAUUUCAUCAAUACAAAAGAUUUCGUCCACCAGCUGGAGGCCCACAACAUUCAAAAGCUGUGUUCUACUUUUCUUGAGCUCAUCGAACAGCUCCCUCGCAAGGCUACGAUUAUAUGUAUACUAGACGGACUCAGUGAGUUUACCUCGCAGCAGUUCAAGGACGAGCUGGUGGAUGUGGUUCACAUUUUGAACCGCUUGGUGACACACCGGACCCUCCACCCGAACUUCAAACUCCUCUGCACGACUCCGUUUGCUCGAGACAGGUUUCUCGAUCAAGAAUUAAACGUGGAGUAUCCUCUUCAGUUACAACAUGCAAUAGAAGAUAUAUACGAGCCCGCGUUCACGGAGAGGGCAUUCGAAAACCUGACGUCGCAGACUGAUCGACUCGACUACUGUCGCAUGCGAAUGCGAAUGAACCAAACUGCCGAGCAGGCGAAUCGCUACUCCGAUUCAGAUUCGGAGGAUGACUCUGAUUGGUGA